CCCAGGGGUGCAAGUGGCCUUCGGGGGCCUCCUAAGCGGAGGCGGCUGAUGGGCCCUCACCCCAGCCUGUCGUCCCAGCUCCGGACCAGGCAGGCUCACCUUCACGGAAAAAGCUGCCAACCAGGAGCUGGGCUGGUGCCUGCGUCCCCCCUCAGCUGUGUCGGUACAGCCUCCCCAAGGCCAAGCCGGUGAAUGGAUUGCUCUUCCGCAUCUGCUUCCUGACCGUCCCAGCCCAGCCCCUGCCUCAGAGGACACUUUGAUUCUGCUCCUUCUCAGGUCUCUGGGCUGCCCAGGCCGGAGCAGCAACUCCCAGAAAAGUUUCAGCGCAUUGGGCCUAUAGGCUGCUUCAUCACCAAUGAACCCCAUGAACCCCAUGAAACCUGCCCUGCCCCCUGCGCCACAUGGUGAUGGUUCGUUUGCAUAUGAGUCUGUGCCUUGGCAACAAAGUGCCACUCAGCCAGCCGGCUCACUGUCCGUGGUCACUACUGUGUGGGGAGUUGGCAACGCAACACAGAGCCAGGUUUUGGGGAACCCCAUGGGCCCUGCAGGAAGCCCCCCUGGUGGCUCCAUGAUGCCUGGAGUGGCGGGUGGCAGCUCUGCCUUGACCUCCCCGCAGUGCCUGGGACAGCAGGCGUUUGCUGAAGGUGGUGCUAACAAGAGCUACGUGCAGCAAAGCGUGUAUGGACGUGGGGGCUACCCUGGGGGAUCCGGUUUCACCACUGGGUAUGCAGGUGGCCCUGGAGGCCUGGGCCUGCCCUCGCAUGCUGCACGACCCUCCACUGACUUCACACAAGCUGCAGCUGCAGCUGCUAUGGCUGCGGCUGCAGCCACCGCCACCGCCACCGCCACCGCCACUGUGGCUGCCCUGCAGGAGAAGCAGAGUCAGGAGCUAAGCCAGUAUGGAGCGAUGGGGACUGGACAGUCUUUUAACAGCCAGUUUCUCCAGCAUGGAGGUCCCCGAGGACCCAGUGUACCCCCCGGCAUGAACCCUUCUGGCAUGGGAGGAUUGAUGGGCCCCUCUGGCCUCUCCUCAAUGGCCAUGAACCCUACCCGGGCAGCAGGCAUGACACCCUUGUAUGCAGGACAGCGACUGCCUCAGCAUGGGUACCCUGGGCCUCCUCAGGCCCAGCCACUGCCCCGACAGGGGGUCAAGAGAGCCUAUUCAGAGGUGUACCCUGGGCAGCAGUAUCUGCAAGGAGGCCAGUAUGCAGCCAGCACUGCCCAGUAUGCUCCUGGCCCUGGGCAGCCCCCAGGGCCCGCCUCCUCUUACCCGGGACACAGGCUGCCCCUGCAGCAGGGCAUGGCCCAGUCCCUGUCUGCACCUGGCUCCACAGGGCUGCACUACAAGCCCACAGAGCAGUUCAACGGGCAGGGCGCCAACUUCAACGCGGGGAACAUCAGCUACAGCCAGCCUGGCCUGAGUGGGCCUUCCCGUUCCAUCCCUGGUUACCCCAGCUCCCCAUUGCCGGGGAACCCCACACCACCCAUGACGCCCAGCGGCAAUGUUCCCUACAUGUCCCCAAGCCAGGAAGUCAAGUCUCCUUUCCUGCCUGACCUCAAGCCAGGCCUCAGCUCUUUGCACCCAUCACCCUCUGGAAGUGGCCCUUGUGACGAGCUGCGCCUGACCUUCCCGGUCCGAGAUGGGGUGGUCCUGGAGCCCUUUCGCCUGCAGCACAACCUGGCUGUGAGCAACCAUGUCUUCCAGCUCCGGGACUCUGUCUACAAGACGCUGAUGCUGAGGCCUGACCUGGAGCUGCAGUUCAAAUGCUACCACCAUGAGGACCGGCAGAUGAACACGAACUGGCCAGCCUCCGUGCAGGUCAGCGUCAACGCCACACCCCUCAGCAUCGAGCGUGGAGACAACAAGACCUCACACAAGCCCCUCUACCUGAAGCACGUGUGCCAGCCAGGGCGCAACACCAUCCAGAUCACCGUUACCGCCUGCUGCUGCUCCCACCUCUUCGUGCUGCAGCUGGUGCACCGUCCCUCCGUCCGCUCCGUGCUGCAGGGCCUCCUCAAGAAGCGCCUACUGCCUGCUGAGCACUGCAUCACCAAGAUAAAGCGGAACUUCAGUAGCGGCACCAUCCCUGGCACCCCUGGGCCCAAUGGAGAGGAUGGGGUGGAGCAGACGGCUAUCAAGGUGUCCCUGAAGUGCCCCAUCACCUUCCGCAGGAUCCAGCUCCCAGCCCGUGGCCACGACUGUCGCCACAUACAGUGCUUUGACCUGGAGUCAUACUUACAGCUCAACUGUGAGCGGGGGACUUGGAGGUGUCCCGUGUGCAACAAGACAGCGUUGCUGGAGGGUCUGGAAGUGGACCAGUACAUGCUGGGCAUCCUGAUUUACAUUCAGAACUCAGACUAUGAGGAGAUCACCAUCGACCCCACGUGCAGCUGGAAGCCCGUCCCUGUGAAGCCUGACCUGCACAUGAAGGAGGAGCCGGAUGGGCCGGUGCUGAAGCGCUGCCGCACUGUGAGCCCUGCACAUGUGCUCAUGCCCAGUGUGAUGGAGAUGAUUGCAGCUCUGGGCCCGGGCGCUGCCCCCUUUGCCCCUUUGCAACCCCCUCCGGCCCCUGCCCCCAGCGACUACCCCAGCCAGGGUUCCAACUUCCUAGGGCCUGGAACCUUCCCAGAAUCCUUCCCAUCUGCUACACCCACCACCCCAAACCUUGCUGAGUUCAGCCAGGGGCCAGCCCCCAUGUCCUACCAGUCUGACAUUCCCGGUGGCCUCCUGACUGCAGACAAGUCUGCCCCUUGCCUCCCAGGCCAGAUGGCACCAGCAGGCCACCUGGACCCGGCCCACAAUCCUGGGCCACCAGGGCUGCACACCCCCAACCUCGGACCCAGCCCAGGCUCCCAGCUACACCAUCCAAAUCCUCCACCUCCAUCCCGGCAACCCCUGGGCCAGCCAAACACAGGACCCAUCAGCGAACUGGCCUUCAAUCCUGCCACGGGCAUGAUGGGGCCUCCCGGCAUGACUGGGGCAGGAGAGGCCUCAGAACCAGCUCUGGAUGUCUGCGUCUGGGCAUCACAAGCAGGGUGUGAGCAUGAGCAUGAACGACAGACAGUGGGUUUGCUGUCCCUGGACCUUAAUAGAAACUCACUGAAGUUCUACAAGGAAGAUGAGGAGCAGCCCAGAGCAGAAAGUCCAGGGGCAUGGAAUUCCACCAUCUGCAUUGGCCCCCAGGAACAAGACUGGAGACCCCUGGUGCACAGCUGGGCCACCUCUGGUUGUACACCCUGGCUCCUGGCAGUUGAGAAGCAUGUCUUGAGCUAUUCUUGUCCUGUAGCAGCCGUCCAUGGGGAGAUAUGGGCAGCUUCAUCCAGCUGCUCCCAGAACUGACCAAUCCUGAUGAACUGCUCUCCUACCUGGGCCCACCCGACCUCCCCACAAACAGCAGUGAUGACCUGCUCUCGCUCUUUGAGAACAACUGAUCCUGUGUUAACCCCUGGCCUGGCGAGGACAUACUCAAAGAUAUCACCACAGCCUUCCCUUGUCACCCAGCCCCACAGGAUGCCUGGUGGUUCUCCCUGAAUCUCCUCAUGCACACACCCUGAGCUGGAGCCUGCCACUGCCAGCCCCUGAUGAACUGGAAGCAGCCCUGUGCUCCGAGGGGCCCCAGACCGGUGGUCCUCACAGCCUGCCUCCAUCGAGCUCACUGCUGUGGAAGGGGCCUCGUGAGGUGCCACAGCCGUGUGCGCAGCCUGUACCCAGACUCACGGCCUUGCGCUUGUCCUCCCGCCCGCCCUGCCUGCUCCCACCCAGCCUGCAUCUUGUCCAGCACUGACCCUCCGUCUCUGCUUCUCCUCAGAAGAGCUGACCGGCUCGGCUGGCUCCUACGUACUCGUGGUCUGCAGCUCCAGUGGCUUGAGCCUUGCAGUCUCAGAACCAUACAGAGCACCAGACUGUGGGGGCCUGGCGCUCCCACCCAGCUGGAUGUGGUCCAGGGCCCCCCCCCACCCUGAGCUUCAGGCGGUGGCUGGGGCGGGGUCAAUAAAGCACAACAAUGUACAUAGUGUAGAAAUGCUGACAGCUGGGAGGGCGGGACAGCUGUUUCAGUCAGCAUGGCCCUCUGGACUGGCCUGGCCUUGCCUUCCAUGUGGUGUCUGCCCCUUGCUGAGUGCAGACAGCUCAGAGGAGGGUGGAGGGCUCAGCCCUUCUAGGGGUGGGCCUUCAGACUCAGCUCUGUAAAUUCUCCAGUGAGCUGUUCCCCCCAGUUCCUCUUUUCUGUGAAAGUGAAGAAUUAGUACAGCUGUGUUUUUUAAACCACCUCAUCCCCACCCUGCGGCCCACACCCAGGUGGGGGAGGCCAUUGCAUCUACUGGCAGAGCUCCUGGGCCUGCAAGCAGGGCGCUAGCCUGUCGUGUCUCCUGUCUGUGCGAUCUAUUAAAGGACUCCCUCAUGGG